AUGUAUAUGGACGGGCUGAUUGAGGAUCUCAGUGGCGCCAAGGUUGGUUGUAACAUUGGCGGUACCUGCCUCAACAACAUAAGUUACGCUGAUGAUAUGGUGCUGCUGGCUCCCUCAAUCAGAGCGCCCAGGAAGCUCCUAAAAAUAUGUGAGCAUUAUGCGGAGAGACAUGGGCUCAGGUAUAACACUACAAAAAGUGAACUACUCAUCUUCAGGGCUGGCAACAAGAAACUAGAAGAAGUUCCUAGGGUAGAGCUAAAUGGUGCCGCCCUGAGGAGAGUAGAGCGGUUUAAGUACCUGGGUCAAUGGCUCACCGAAAGCCUUAAUGACGAUCCUGAUUUAGAACGAGAGCGCAGGGCGUUGACGAGUAGACUGCCCACUGAUGAGGCGUUGGAACCAACUGCAUGA